AUGGCCCGUGCAGAGAUCGAUCUUGACGCCCUUCUCGUCGGUGCAGGCUUCGGCGGCAUCUACCAGCUGCAUCGGCUGAGACAGAUGGGCCUGUCUGCCAGGGUGAUCGAGAUGGCCAGUGAUAUUGGUGGUACCUGGUAUUGGAAUCGCUACCCGGGCGCCAUGAGUGACACAGAGAGUUUUGUCUAUCGAUUUUCAUGGGAUAAAGAGGACUUGCAAACUUGGCCGUGGAGUCACCACUAUGUCAAGCAGCCUGAAGUUCAGGCAUAUCUGAAGCAUGUGGCCGAGCGACAUGAUCUGCGCAAGGAUAUGCAAUUCAACACUGAACUCCUCUCCGCAGUUUGGAACGAUACCUCCAGAUACUGGCAAGUGGAACUAAGCACUGGGGAGAGCCUUAAAGUGCGAUAUCUCAUCACCGCAUUGGGCCUACUCUCGAAGCCCAACUACCCCGAUAUUCCUGGUAUCGACAGUUUCAAGGGCCAGAAGGUUCACACGGCAAACUGGCCCCAAGGCCUGGAUGUAACUGGCAAGCGCGUUGGUAUUAUCGGCUGCGGCUCGACGGGAGUCCAAGUUAUCACCGACAUUGCUCCGCGGGUCAAGUCUUUGACCUGCUUCCAGAGACAUCCUCAAUAUAGCGUCCCCAGCGGUGAUCGACCCGUCGAUCCUGCUUACCGUGCAUGGGUGAAUGAGAACUACGACGCCAUCUUCGACCAAGUCAGAAACUCAAUCGUGGGCUUUGGCUUCGUUGAGUCCACUAUUCCAUUUAAAUCCGUGACGUCCCCGGAAGAGCGCGAACAUAUCUUUGAAACCCUUUGGAAGGCGGGCAACGGCUUCCGCUUCAUGUUCGGCGGCUUCUGCGACAUCGCCACAGAUAGGGAAGCCAACGAAGCCGCUUGCGAAUUUAUCCGCAAGAAGAUCCGGCAGAUCGUUAAAGACCCAGAGAAGGCGCGUAAGCUACAACCUCACGACUACUACGCACGCCGACCGCUCUGUGACGGCGGGUACUUUGAGCAGUUCAACCGCGACAACGUGGACGUUGUGGCCUUACAAGAGACGCCCAUUACGCGCAUCACCGAGCAGGGCGUGGAGACCAGCGAUGGCAAGCUUUACGAGCUCGACGUGCUCGUCUUCGCCACGGGCUUUGACGCCGUCGAGGGCAAUUAUAACCGCAUCCGCAUCCGCGGCCGCGACGACAUCAGCCUCAAGGAAUACUGGGACCCGACCGGUCCGACGAGCUACUUGGGCGUCUCGGUGCCCAACUUCCCCAAUCUCCUGAUGAUCACGGGCCCCCAGGGCCCUUUUACGAACCUGCCGCCCGCGCUCGAAGCCCACGUCGAGCUCAUCUCGCGCCUGGUCGAGCGCGCCGAGACCUUGCGUAAGUCCAACCCGGAAUCGGCCCCGGUGCCGCUCAUCGAGGCGACGCCCGAAGCAGAGAAAGAAUGGGGUCUCGAAUGCGAGCGCGUCGCCGAGGGCAGCCUGUUCAAGGAAACGGCCAGCUGGAUCUUUGGGCGAAACAUCCCGGGCAAGAAAUACGCCAUGCGCUUCUACUUUGGCGGCUUGAAGCUGUUCUACGGCCAUAUCCAGAGGGUCAUUGACAAUGGUUAUAUUGGGUUCAAGGACUUGGGGAAGAAUGCGACCGACGUGGGUACAACUGGAGAAGCCUUGUCGGCACACCUGUAA